UUAUCAAAACGUGGUUGCAUUAUAAUACUCGUAUUCAAGAUUCGAAUUCAAAAAUAAAUCCUUUUAAAUUUGAACAGACUAACGAAGGAAGUUUCUUUUUUUUCAAAAUUCAAAGUGAGGACGGUAAAUCCUGAUUCCUGACGGUUAUAUAAUUUAAUCGGAACACGUGCGUGCAUUGAAUUGAUGCCAGGAGAAAGCGUUCGCUCGUUUACCACCAAUUUUCGGAGCUUCGACGGAUUCUGCGCCCUAGUGCCGUCAUGACGACUGCAACGUGGGCAUGGACUACUCUGAAACGACUGCAGUCCACUGACUUGACAGUCGAAAAAUUUUGGAGUGCAGCGAGCGUGUGGAAUGCUAAACCACACCUGUUGAUCAAGCACUUGAUGGGCGCUGAACGGCUCGUGUCCGAAUCGCUGGCUGGUGAAUAUGGUGACGUGUUGUCCUCGGUGGCAACUAAAGAUCUACCACCCGCAGCCUGGGUAGGAGACCCUACGGAAACCUUUCGGUGUCUGGGCUUAAGUAGUGGUAAGGAUAUCCAAGUAGAAGUCUGGAAGCUGUUCACCAAGAAACCCGUUGAAUGGAAUGAUUAUUUUCGACUAAGUGUCUUUGACAGGCUAAAUAGUACUGCCGUGUUUUACGACUGUACGCCAAAAAAGAACGGUGACAACAUCAAAUAUGCCUAUGGUAUUCAUUUUGUGGAUGACUGGUUGGAGUUACGUCUAGCCAUGCCUUCAAACAAAUCUCUGAACGACAAGAAGACGCUGCACUGGAUGACUGACAUAUUUUUUCCGAAAUUUUUCAACUGGACCAUCAAUGAUAAAGGGUCUAAACCCACAAUUUCAUCUUUGUCACACGUUUGUGUUCAAAUGUACUGUAAUUUGUAUAGUCGGUUGAAAGAAAAAUAUGCUAAAUCUCUAAUGAAUGUUUGGACAGAAGUAACUGAUCCUAAGAAGUAUAUUCAUAAAGAUAUUGCAACAGCCACAUACCUUAUGCUGUUAUGGGGCGACACCAAACCAUGUUUUAUUGAUAUGGGAUGUGGUAACGGUUUACUUGUGCAUGUGUUAAAUAGUGAAGGAUAUAGCGGAGUCGGAUUGGAUGUUAGAUCUCGGAAAAUGUGGGCUCAAUAUCCACAAUCUACAGUUUUGAAGGUAACUAGUGUUGAUCCUUCGUCGCCUGAUUGUAAAUUUCCACAAGCUGAUUGGAUCAUAGGCAAUCAUUCAGAUGAACUUUCACCCUGGGUACCAGUAAUUGCCUCGCGUAGCAAUUACAACUGCAAAUUUUUUCUCCUUCCAUGUUGCCCUUUUGAAUUCAAUGGUUCCCGCUACCAACGCAUAGAUUCAUCUCUUAGUCAAUACCAUGAUUAUCUAAAAUACUUGGAAAAAACAAGUACUAACGUGUUUAAGUUUAACGUUAAGACAGACCGUUUACGAAUACCUUCAACGAAACGGACAUGCAUCAUCGGCUGGUCGAAAAAUUAUUUGCCACAGGAAGUGGAUCAAGUUGUGCAAGACAUCGAAAAGUUUGCAAAUUCUAAAUUCAAUGAAAAUGUUCAAUUUGUACCUAGGCCGUCCGAAGAAAGGGUCAGGAAUUGUACCAAACUAGAUAAAGACUUGUUACGCAGUGUCGUAGAUACAGUAGCUGAUGUAUUGAUAAAAAGUUCGGGUGGAUGGAAGUGUCGCGUCACUUUAGGUGAAUUAGCAAAACAAAUCGGUGAAGAGAGGCUGAAAAAAUUGAAGAAAGAAUGUGGUGGCUUACAAACAUUGAUAAGGAAUCACAGGUAUAUUUUUGUGGUUGAAAAAGGAACUGUUGGAUUCAGGAAACCAGUAAAAGACUGUGGCAAAGUUUGGAAGAAACAUAAGUGUUGGUUUUAUCAUAACUAUCCCGACAAGUGUCCGUUAAAUGAAGACGAGUGCUGUAAUAUACAUUAAUAACAGCAACUAAUUGUUAUGUAAUAUUAAUAUUUUAUUACAAGUUUUUGUAAGUCAUAUGUUUGUAUACAAAAUUAAUAUAUUUUUUUUUCAUGGAUGUAGGAACUCUAAUCUCGUUUAAACCUGACUAUGUGAUCCUCUCACAAUGUCUUAUUGACUAAAAAGGAAGAACAUUAAUAAUGGAAACAUUCAACGCCCAAAUCUCAUAAUUUAAAAAUAUAAAUAAAAGUAUAACAUACAAAAAUAUUAAUUUAGCAAUUACCAAUACACUUAUUUUAGAUGUGUUGAUGCAUGUAUACCUGAGAUACUUCAACAAAAUAAAUUUUCAAUUUUCAAAAUAUACCUAUACCUCAUUUAUAUAUUCAAAAUAUGUAGGAAAUCUGAAGGAAUGAUUAUUAUUAAAUGUUUAUGGUAUAUACAUUACUUUUUUAUACAUACAUGUUAAGUUUAGUAAAACAACUAAAUGGAUACCUAAAUGAAAUAAAUUAUUUUUACGUGUAUUUUAUGAAAUAAAUGUUUUAAUAUUGGUUUUGUUAA